CCUCCGUACCUGCCAGGUGACCCUCCUGCGCGAGCUGCACCUUCCAUCGGUGAAGGUCGACAGCCAGGUCCUCGGCCCGGUCCCAUCGCCGCCGCUAGAUCCGUCAUCUUCAAGCUCAGGGAGAUGAGCAGCUACAGAGGGAGCGGAGGGAAGCGCCUCCGGACGUCGCCGUCUGACGCGGAGGGUAGCCCCGAGCAGCCGCCGAGGAACAGGCGUCGCCAGUGGUUUUCGGCCUACUCGCCUUCGCCGUCGCCCUACCGGUCGCCCUCACCGUUGCCGUCCCCGUCGCUCUACCGCUCACCCUCUCCCUCGCCCUGCCGCUCGUGGUCGCAAAGGCUGCCCAGCGAAGACGAGGACAAUGCCGACGACCGCAGCCGCAGCCGCGGUUCGGACGAGAUCGACGCGCAGGGCCGGUCUCUCUGGAGGCCAAACGGGUACAAAGGUGCAGGGCAGCGGGGCCACGGCGACGUGUUCAGCGUCCACAUCGGCGGCGACGACUACGACCACCUCUUCACCUGCAAGUGCUGCCGCCGCAUGCUCAGCUCGCCGGUCUUCCAGUGCCCGUUCGGCCAUGUUACCUGCUCGAGGUGCGACAGUGAAUACGGGGACAACCGGUGCAGCAGCUGCGGUGCUGCCAAUGGCUACGGGCGCAACCGCGCCGUCGAGGAGUUCCUCGGCCGCAUUCGCUUCUCCUGCCACAACAAAGAGCAUGGCUGCACAACCCUCCUCGCCCACCAUGAGAUGCGUGCGCACGAGGAGUCUUGCCGCUACGAGCCCUGCUUCUGCCCCAUCCCUCGCUGCGGCUUCGCAGGCCUGUCCGACGCCCUCAAAGCUCACCUCAUCGACAACCACCACUGGCUCACGGUCAACUUCCGCUACGGCGAGAGCUUCCAAGCCCAUGCCCUCAUGUCGACCAUCAUGCACAGCAAGGACGAUGGCGAGCUCUUCUUCCUGGACAGCUUCCGCGAGGGCCGCGGCACUGCUCUGUCCAUGAUCUGCGUCCGCCCCGACAACGCGGUCGCUCAGGAGUUCGUGUACGAGCUGAAGACAACGGCGAGGAACAGCGACAGACGUCACAGGCUGCAAAUGCAGUCAAUGGCGCGGAACACGUCGCUACGGAACGGGAUUGGGGAGAAAGAGAAGGUGUUCCUGCUGGUCCCUAAUGACGCUCAGUUGGGUGGUCACGUGGAGGUGUGCAUCCGUAAGGAUGUUGCCGGUGCAUCUCCGUAGGUUAGACGACCAAUAUCCAUGGCGAUACUAUCUGGUUUUAGGCUACUGGUACUCCUCAUCUCACAUUGCAGUUUAUUGUUGAAUGCCCCAGGUAAUCUGAAUCUCAUUUCACAUUGCUGCAUUAACUAUCAGCCAUUGUCUAGAUAUACUUAUAUGCUUGUCUGAGGAGGAAGAGAAAAAUUAUGAUAAGCUUUGGUGGUAAUUAGGUUCAUUUUUUA